AUGCUCAAGACCACCAACCCUCCUCUGUUUCGCCAUUACGAGCAGGUUUCCCACCUCUCGCCUUCCGACCACCAUCCUCUCCCCGCGGCCUCACCACCAGUUGCUGCAAUGGAAGAAUGCCAGCUGCCCCUGAUAGACCUCAGGGGUCUCGGCAGCCGCGACGAGAGGGAGAGAGCAGCUUGUGCGGCUGCAAUAUGCAGGGCCUCGUCGGAGUGGGGUUUCUUCCAGGUCGUCAACCACGGGAUCAACCCGGGGCUUGUUAGGAAGAUGAGGAGCGAGCAGUCCAGGCUGUUCCGAUUGCCCUUCGACGACAAGCUCACUGGCGGCUUGCUCAACAAUUCCUACAGAUGGGGCACGCCCACAGCUACCUGUCCCAAGCAGUUGUCAUGGUCCGAGGCUUUCCAUGUUCCUCUCUCCAAGGUCUCCCACAAGGACUGUUACGGAGACAACUUCACUUCUUUAAGGGAAGUGAUGGUGGAAUUCGCAGCAGCAAUGGCCGAGCUAGCUGGAACACUUGCAGGGGUCUUGGUAGAAAACUUAGGCCGUUCAAGGGGGGAUUUCGAAGACAUUUGUCAAGAAAGCAGUUGCUUCCUGCGCCUCAACCGAUACCCAGCCUGUCCGACUUCCCCAGAGGUCUUUGGCUUGGUGCCUCACACUGAUAGUGAUUUUCUCACCAUUCUGUCUCAAGAUGAAGUUGGGGGGCUUCAGCUCAUGAAGGAUUCCAGAUGGGUGGCUGUAAAACCUAAUCAAGAUGCACUCAUAGUCAAUAUCGGAGAUCUUUUCCAGGCAUGGAGCAACGACAUUUAUAAGAGUGUGGAGCACAAGGUUAUGGCCAACGCUAAGAUGGAAAGGUACUCUAUUGCCUACUUUUUGUGUCCUUCGUACGAAACAUCAAUCGGGAGUUGCAGAGAACCAUCCAAGUACAGGAAAUUCACUUUCGGAGAGUACAGGAGCCAGAUUCAAGAACAAGUCAAGAAAUAUGGCUAUAAGAUAGGCCUACCAAGCUUUCGGUUAUAG